AUGCCCCGCCAGGCCCAGGACCUUUCUCUCCAGUCGCACCAGCCACCCCAUAUGCUUAUUCCGCCCCAAGGACCCAGCCCUACGGGGGCUACAUGCCCACCCAGCACCCACCCGAUCCGCCUCGCGAGUCCAGACACGCCUCUCCGUUUCGACCACGCCGGCCGCGACCUCCCCCUGGCGAAGUUCCUUCGCAAGAAGACGAGGUGA